AUGUCCACAGAAGCUUACCACACAGCACCGGUGAUGCCGCCCGGCCAUCCUCUCUCCGUCAACCAGCCCUCAGGCAGGCCAACAAAAAAUCCUGAAAAUGCCUCAGUGCAACAGGAACCAAACACCAGCAUUGCAUUCAGCAGCUCAGCGCAUCCCGAUGAUGACUGGACCAAGGUGUCCGAUCUGGCUGAGCGCCGCCGAAUACAGAACAGGGUCGCUCAGCGCAACUACCGCGAAAAGCUCAAAGAAAGCCGGGUGGGCUUCGAGGGACAUUCCGACGUUUUUAAGCCCGAAGACCGUCUGAUCGACGAGAUGUUGCUCCAGUUGACGGAGAAACGUGGCUGGCAUAAGCUGCCGGAACAGGCCCAGCGCCAGAUGCUCGCAUAUCCCUCAGACAAGAAAUGGACAUUGGUUUACCAAGACAGGCUUACAGAGAAGGUCACGAAUGACAGUCUCGACACCGCGGGACUGGGAAGCUUCGAGACGACGGCAGGAAAAUCAACCAUGGAGACCAAGCCAAAUAAGGCAAAGGAGGCGGAGCAGAGAACUGACGAAGCAGAGUCUGAGGUCGAUCUCACUUUGAUAUCGACCGCGAGUUCACUGGCUUCUCAUGUUAUGGAUCGUGGGACUCAGACUACUGAUUCUGAACCCGCCCCAUCCGCGUCCUCGGCACCUUCACAUCACAGCAACAGCCACGCAAUGGUAGCCUCAUUUGUGGAAAUUCUUGUUUGCGACCCAACCAUGGACAGCUUACUCGCUAUUGCCACAUCUGAACUCGGAAUGACUUUAGCAGAAUACUCAAAAGCUAAUCCCAGCAUUUACAACAGGCAGCUGAAGGAAGCAGCAUAG